CUAUACUCUUUAUAUCAUCCAAAAAAUCCGUGAUUCAAAUGGAAUGCUUGAGCAUUAUUCUCUUCAGUUUCUAUUCUCUCGCGAUCCUGGCGGAAUCAACGUCCACUGAAUCGACAACGAUUGGAACUUCGUGGGACAAUAUACAUGACAACUCUACCCAGGUUGGAGAAGAAGCAAAGGAUCCGUCAUAUUUAAAUAACGCAUCAAAUGUAUCCACAAUUUCAACUAGUGACUUUUCAAGCAAUAAUAUUAAAGAUACGCAACACUUGAGAGACAAUGGGGAUAAAGAAAACGAUGCAGAUCAUAAAGAAGAACCGUCUGAGGAUUUAUCGUCGCAUGAUAUCCUAUUGGAUCCUAGUUUAAUACCGGCUCGUUUAAGUCGUCAAACUGAAAAAGGCAACUCAGAUUACUCAAACCUCGCAUCGAUCUCUAAUGAUAUUAAGUUUAACAACCAUGACUACAGUAGGAGUGUGCUUCCGAAAUCAAAUCUGAACUACGAGGGUGAUCUUAGCAUGGCUGAAGAUAGGUAUUCAUCUGCAUAUCCGUAUUGGAAUCUGUAUUAUCGAAGACAGUUUCCAAAUCACAGAUAUCGAGCGAAUGACAGAAGGGAACGUUAUCGUAAUUACUGGAGAUACCCGCCUGUAUUUUCAGGAAAAUAA